CGUACCGAUUCUCCGAUUGAAUGCACUGAAAGUGACAGCAGAAUGAUAUAAGGCGCCAGAAAAACGACGAAAAUUUGCCAGUCGUUAGUGACUCACGAACCAACAACGGCUCAGCCAUGGAAAGGCCCGAUACAGAAUCAUUUCUUGACGCGAACUCCAGGUCAUUCUCUUCAUACCACCAUAGUGACUUUCAACCGGAUCCUUCUAGAGCAUUCACACCUCCCUCCUCGACCACUACAGUCGACGAAAAUAUCAUUGCGAGAACCCACGAUGUCGCCAGUACUAUACCGCAUAUAAAUUGUUCCCACAAGCGUCAAAAAAACUAUAUGGUAGAUUUGUACGAUGAGACCAUGGGAGCAGCCUUCAAUCGCGAUUACGAACUUUACGCACGGACGUCUCAUAUGGGCAUUCUCGAUCCAACGUACAAAAUCUUCACCAGCCAAGAUGGCUAUGGGUCGUUGAUCUAUAAGAUUCAGGAUGGUACGGUCAUCGUCACAGGUGAUCCUCUAUGCUCGGACCAAUGUCGAGAACCGCUGCUGAAUGAGCUCCGCCGAUUUCGCUGGGCUCGUGGUUUAUCUCUUGCAUUCGUCGGAGUCAGUGAGGACUUUGCUAUGUAUGCUCAGAACCAAGGCUGGAUGACGAUGAGUUUCGGCCAUGAAAGGGUGCUAAAUCCACUCACGAACAAGGUCCUUCGAAAAGAAGCGGGCAAACGGGUGUUGUCUCAGAACAAGCAGCUGCUCGACAGAAAACGAGGGGGUGUAUCAAUACAUCUCUACAACCCAAGCAUGACCGAAAUAGAUCUUGACCUAGAAAAAAAAUUGCAAGAUCUUUAUGACGACUGGCGUUCUCACAAGAACCGGGAGAAUGAAGGUGCUUCACGGGCUUUCGUGACUGUCUACGACCUCUUCUCAUAUCCCCAAUCGACAAUGUUCUUAUACACAACCGACUCAAAGUGCAAUGUCAACGGUUUUGCAGCAUUGAGGAGUCUCGGUACGCAACCAGGAUACCACAUCGAUCCAUGUAUCGCAUCGCAAGAUGCUCCUCGAGGGAUCACGGAUCUUCUUAUUAUUACGGCCAUGCAGUUGCUUCAGAGUGCCGGGAUAGGUUUUUUGAGUCUGGGCUUUGAACCGAUUGAUGACCUUCAAGAGAUCAAGGGGCAAACAAACCUCCAGUCGAGACUAUGGAGGCGGGGCUACAAACAUACGAUCAAGUCUGUGCCUGUUGUGGGCAAAGCAGCAUACUUCAAAAAGUUCCAUCCGGACGAAUCACUGGGAUCAAAGCUAUUCAUAUGCUUACCUACCAAGGGAAUUCCACUUAGGAGUUCAAUCGCUUUACUACAUUUUGCGAACAUGAGUGUGCGGCAGCUAUUUACCCAAGCAAAGCCUAUACAACAACACGAAUGAACUCGAAGAGAAUCUUUCUCGUCUAAUAAUAAUCCCAAAUCCACUUUCCUUGCGUUUCGUUUCUUGAUAUCUCUGAUAUCUAUGAGUCCGAACAGAUGAUACUCUUCUGCUCGAUAUUAUACAAACAAUCUGUUGGUUUGAAUAUUUCUUAUUGUACCUAGCUUAACAUGUCAUCAUUGAAAGACUCCUUACUCAAGAAGGAACAUUGCAAUACUUGUUUCAUAUGUCCUGUUCCCUAACUAGAAUGGCUCACGUAGACGUGAAGCCAAGCAUCAUCGUGGGGGGGGUAAAAAUAGAAAAGAAAGGAAAAAGGAAAUUCCUCCAGUUUAAGAACAACUUACUUGGAUGCAGAAUUCAUAAGUAAUAAACAAAAUAGCGUCUGCGAAUAUAAUCUAAUACAAAGGAAAAGUCUAAGUCUA